GCAGUAUAGUCAGAGUACAUGGCAAUAUAGUUCAUGGAGUAAACGAGAGUAUACUGCGAUUUUUUCAACUCUGCGCCUGACAAGUAUCCGCUGUUGACAGAUCCAUCCAAUCGAGAGGUUCUACGUCAUCAUAGUGACGUCACUUUAGUGACGUUCACGCUCUCGAUUAGAUGAAACUGGAAACAGCAGAUACCUGUCAGGGAGUUGAAAAAGUCGCAAUGCAACGACACCCGAACGACAUUGAUGAAGUUUGUUGUCUAGGUUAAAAGGUUGUAUUUAGAAAACGUUCCUAAACGGUGAAAUACUCUGAUAUUACUUCUGUCAUUAUUUUAACAUAUUAUGUGUGUGCUUUGUGAAUAGUGUAGUUAAUCGUAAUUUUUGGGAGUGUGGUGAGGUUAUGUGUGAAUAUAGAACAAUAUAAACUGUUCGCAGUCGUGAAUUUAUCGAAAACUAACCAUGGGAAAGCAUAGGGAAUCUCGACACGAAGAAAGUUCUAAACACAAAAGACAUAAAGAUGACAAGAAAUACGAAAGCAGACCUGGAACUUCUAAAACUUCUUACAGCAAGCGUCAUAAACGUUAUUCUGAUUCUGAUUCUUCUGAUGAGCAAAGUGGUGUUGAAAAGCAACGCCUCCAAGAUUUGCGAGAAAGGGAUGAAUUUGCUGAAAGGUUGAAAUUGAAAGAUAAGGAAAAAACUAGAAAUAUAGUUACUGGGUUUGAUAAGAAAGCUUAUGAAGAAGCUGCAAAGAGACUCAAACUUGAAUCAGAUGAUCGCAACAAAAUAAUACCAAAGCUGAGAAUUGAAUCCAGAAGGAAAUAUUUAGAGAAAAGAAAAGAUGACAAAGUAGCAGAAUUGGAAGCAGAUAUUAUUGAUGAUGAAUUCCUUUUUCAAGAAGAUGAAUUAACUGAACGUGAGAGAAAGGAUCGAGAACAUAAAAAAAAGUUACUUCAAUUAGCAAAGGAACAUGAAAAGGCUAGAGAAUUGGAAAAAGUUCAAAGAUAUCAUAUGCCUCAUGAUGCACGCAAGGGAAAAACCGAAGAGAAGUAUGAAGAGGUUGAUGAACGUGAAAAGGCUCCUCACUAUGAACAACGAAAAUGGGAGGAAGAACAAAUGUCGUCUGCUGUAUUUAGAUUUGGGGCAAGAGAUGCCAAAGAGAAACGAAUAAAAGAUGAGGGAAAAGACUAUGACUUGGUUUUAGACGAUCAAAUAGAGUUUAUUCAAGCUCUAACCCUUCCUGGAACAAAGGAUGAAAAAGACGAUGAAGAAAAAUUGUCAGAAACUCAGAAAAAGCGGUUGACACUUGAAGAGACCCGACGGAGUCUUCCCAUUUUCCCGUUCAAAGAAGACCUUAUACAAGCUGUGAGGGACCAUCAGGUUUUAAUUAUCGAUGGUGAAACUGGAUCUGGUAAAACUACUCAAAUUCCACAAUACUUGUACGAUGCUGGAUUUACUAAAGACAAGAAGAAAAUUGGUUGCACUCAGCCUCGCAGAGUGGCUGCCAUGAGUGUUGCUGCACGUGUUGCAGAAGAAAUGAGUGUUAAGCUGGGCAAUGAGGUAGGAUACAGUAUUAGGUUUGAAGAUUGUACAUCUGAGCGGACAAUUAUCAAAUACAUGACUGAUGGCACUUUACAUAGAGAGUUUCUUUCUGAACCAGAUCUUCAAUCUUACAGUGUUAUGAUCAUCGACGAGGCUCACGAAAGAACUCUACAUACAGAUAUUCUCUUUGGAUUAGUCAAAGAUAUUGCCCGUUUUCGACCCGAUUUGAAACUUCUUAUUUCUAGUGCUACAUUAGAUGCGCAGAAAUUUUCGGAUUUCUUUGAUGAAGCACCAAUUUUCCGGAUCAGAGGUCGUUGUUUUCCUGUGGACAUUUAUUACACAAAAGCUCCUGAAGCAGAUUACAUAGAUGCAUGUGUUGUCUCCAUUCUCCAAAUCCACGCAACUCAAUCUUUAGGUGAUAUAUUGGUAUUUCUUACUGGGCAAGAAGAAAUUGAAACAUGCCAAGAAUUAUUGCAGGAAAGAGUUCGCAGACUAGGUUCUAAAAUAAAGGAAUUGAUCAUUCUGCCUGUGUAUUCAAAUUUGCCGAGCGACAUGCAAGCUAAAAUUUUUCUCCCAACUCCUCCUGGUGCUCGUAAGGUUGUGUUGGCAACUAAUAUUGCUGAAACAUCUCUAACAAUUGAUAAUAUUAUAUAUGUUAUUGACCCUGGAUUUUGUAAACAAAAUAAUUUUAAUUCAAGAACUGGGAUGGAGUCUCUAAUUGUAGUUCCUAUAUCAAAGGCUUCUGCCAAUCAGAGAGCUGGAAGAGCAGGUCGUGUAGCAGCAGGAAAAUGUUUUCGGUUGUACACUGCAUGGGCUUAUCAACAUGAAUUGGAAGAAAAUACAAUUCCUGAAAUUCAGCGAAUUAACCUUGGCAAUGCAGUUCUUACUUUGAAGGCCCUAGGAAUAAAUGACCUUGUGCACUUUGAUUUUCUGGAUCCACCUCCCCAUGAAACAUUGGUCCUGGCUUUAGAGCAACUGUAUGCAUUGGGAGCACUGAAUCACCACGGUGAACUCACAAAGUUGGGCCGCCGAAUGGCAGAGUUUCCUGUUGAUCCAAUGAUGGGGAAAAUGCUCCUGGCUUCUGAAAAAUACAAAUGUUCAGAAGAAAUAUUGACAAUUUCUGCAAUGUUGUCAGUGAAUGGAGCCAUAUUCUACAGACCAAAGGAUAAAAUUAUUCAUGCAGACACUGCACGAAAAAAUUUCUUUGCUGUGGGUGGGGAUCAUCUCACAUUAAUGAAUGUAUACAAUCAGUGGGCAGAAACAGAUUUCUCCACACAGUGGUGUUAUGAAAAUUUUAUACAGCAUCGGUCCAUGAAACGAGCUCGUGAUGUACGGGAGCAGCUUGCAGGUUUAAUGGAAAGAGUUGAAAUUGAACUUGUGUCAAACCCAACAGAAACAGCAAAUAUCAGAAAGGCAAUAACAGCUGGAUAUUUCUACCAUGUGGCUCGCCUCUCAAAAGGAGGCCAUUACAAGACUGUGAAACACCAACAGACUGUGACAAUUCACCCUAACAGUAGUAUGUUUGAAGACCUUCCUCGAUGGGUUCUUUAUCAUGAGUUGGUAUUUACCACUAAGGAAUUUAUGAGAACGGUAUCGGAAAUAGAAAGCAAAUGGCUGUUAGAAGUUGCACCUCAUUAUUACAAGCCACGUGAAUUGGAGGACUCGACCAAUAAAAAAAUGCCCAAGCAAGUGGGAAAAUCUCGAGCAGAACUUGGAGAUCAUUAAAAAGCAGUUUUGCAGUGAAUUAUUUUUAUUAGAUCAAGAUUUACAAGCUCAGCCUUUCUCCAGUAUUCGUGUGUGCAGUUUAUUGAGGACUAAUACAUAAUCCAGAAUACUUACGAGCUUUGUUUCUCAGAAUAAUUAGAAGUUUCCCUUCACUCAUCCUGAUGUGAAACACACCAGUGAUUUUCUAUCAUUUGCUUGUCUUAGCAAGUAUAAAAGUAAACUCGUCAAAUUAUACAAUUAUUUGUAAAUAAAUACAAAUUAUAUUUUUUACAACACUAUUGCUUGUAUAUCAUUUUGUACCUUGCAAAUCCUUCAAGCCUGUGAGUAAUCUUUCUAGCCUGAAAUACAUCAGAACAUCUCAAUGAUCAGUAGAAAUCAUUACAUGUUCAGAACAUGUUUUGGAAGUUGGCUGAAAGCAAAUCUUUCUGAAGACACAUACUGUGUAUUCAAUUCACGACAUCAAUACACACUCAACAUAGCAUACAAUUAGAACCAACUAAAAAUAUUACGUUACUCUUUCUCAGAUAUCAGACACAGCUACCACAAAACCUUCACAAUCUUCUACUUGGUUAAAUGUAAUACAGUGAUUUGCUUGCCACACUGGAGCUCUAAUACUUAAGUCAAUAGCAGAACUACAGACAAACAAAGAUGUUCCUUAUAAAUAUCACCAACACAACACUUAAGACCAUUACAGUUUGAGCAACAAGAAGGUCACUAAAAUUUACAGAACACACACAGUCAUUUCUAACAGUAGCAUACCCUUGCUACCUACCAUGUGUUCUGAAAGUGUAAAUAUGACAUUAUUUAAUUCCUAACUUGUGGAGAUAAUCACAGCACAGACAGUCUGAAAAGCACUGCAUUCAACUUAUGUAGGAAUCAAUAGUUAUCACAAACUUCAUCGGUUUACUUAACAUUUAAUAAUGCCCAUGGGUUUUCAGCACCAGGUUAGUUGAAAUCUUAAAAUUACUCUCAUCCAACAUAAUUAUGAAAUACAUACUGACAUCUAAAUAUGAAAUUUGACAUAAAACACGUUUCCAUCAAAUAAUAAUUAGCUUGUGAAAAGUCAACACGCACCUAAUCUAACUAGACCACCUUACAAAACAAUCUCAGUAAUGAGGUAGUAAACAGGACAUGUGGUGGAACAUUACUGAUACUUAACAAGGUAAUGUGGAUUAGAUAUAAUUUCUGAAUAUUCAAGUUGUUUCACUUACAAUAUGGGGCACUUCAAUAAUUUGCUGAAACAACUUGAAACAGAAACUAUAACAAUCCUUAUAAGUACUUUUAGUAAUGAUUUUUAUUAAGGCUGGUUAACUCGUCUUUAUAAUGAAUCUGUUCAUGAUUUAAGAAACUAACACUUCAAUAAAAACCAAACCAGCUCUUUAUUAUUAAAACAUCUGUACAAUUGAGCCUACUGGUUAUCAAAAAUACUUCUUCUCAGAAUGAUGCAGCUAUUGUUGAAUAUGAGAAUAUAACAAUAUGUAAUAAUACAAUUCAUAUCUGAACUUAUUUUCAGGAUAACAGAUCAUCAAAUCUGAUUUAAUUAAAUGCAAUACACACAUUAAAACACCAAAAUAUAAAAAGCUCCAGCAUGAACAAGCUCAUUUACACAGGAUUGUCAGAUGAAAACUAAAAUAUAAUUAACUACUACAAUACUUGCAUUUACAGCAGUUAAAUAUAUAUUAACAGGAAACAACUAAUGAUGCACAUCAAUAUAAAAAAACAUUUUCUACAAAAUUCAUUGCACACACAAAAGCAUAUCCCACACAUUAGAGCUGGCUUCAGUCCUUGACUGACAAUCCUUCGAUAUGGUCCCUUAGUACUCGAGACCUAGCAGUAUACAUUGACCACUUCAAAUCCUAGUGGAACUUCCUCUUCUUGAAACCUUUUUUCCCUUUGCCUUUAAUUACUUUCCUCUUCUUAUUCUUCGAACCACCAGAGCUCCCUGGCCCAUCUUCGAACUGAGUUAAAUCGUCUCCCAAGGUCCCAAUAGUCAUUAACUUUCUAUUUCUGUGGUGCUCUUGUUUAGUCACUGGCAGGCGGGUUAGAUAAUUUUCUUCGUAUAUUUCUCUUUCUCUAUCUUCUCUUUUCAUUACAGCCUGCUGUGAGCUCACAUUAGUGAUUUCAGUUGGAGUGUCAAGAUAUUCAUCACACAGUUCUUGCAUCACUGUCAUGCUUAUUGCUCUCUUUUGUGCUCGUUCCUUGAGGCGUUUCUGAUAAUCAGCUUGAUUUUCAUCCCCAUCUAAAAUGUAAUACAUCCAUUUAUACAUGAUGCUGCAUGAAGUAAAUUGAAAAUACGUAAUAUCAACCGGCAUUACCAUAAUGAACCGCAGCUAAUUUUGGUGGAACAUAAACUCCUUUUUUCUCCUUCGAAAACUGCUUGUCUUUUUCUUCAUCCUCAUCACUGUCACUUUCAUCAGAGCCAUUUAGCUAAAACAAUUCAUAUAAAAUGCAUCAUUUAAAUAUAAAAUGUAAUGUUAAAUUCAAAAGAUUAUUCACCUACUUUGGGAAUUAAAUUCUCCGGAUUGGCACGGAAGUUUGUGGGAUCAUCUUCAUUUAUAGACCCUGUCACUGCAGUCUUCACCAAUUUAUCAAUUUGAUACUUCAACUUGUGAUCAAUAGGGCGCAUUUUUUCCAAUACUGUACGUAUCUCAACCAAACGAUCUGCAAUAAAAAUAAAUAUGUGUAAUUGGCACAUCGCAAAUAUUAACACUGUUGCAUUAGAAAAUAAAAAACAGAAAAUUUACCAAUGGCUGGGUCAUCUUCAAUUUUCCGACCAGAACAUUUCCGAAGAACAACAUAUGUCAAAUUUAUGAGGUAACUAAGGAGCAUAUGAUACUUAACCUCCAAAAAACUUAAGCCUUUAUCCGUGGACAUCUCUCCUCGUUUUACACGAGCGAGCAUAUUGUCUACCAGCUGAGUAACUUGCUGUACAUUGUCGUGCAUUUCCCGAAGGAGUUUAAAUGCCUCGGGUAAAUCCCGGGGUACUAUUUCAUCCAAAGCCUGAACCAUGUUAAUAUAAGUUUGGAAUCACAAAUCACAUGACAAACAAACUUCUAAGUUCUACACUCCACGUGGGAACAAUACUUCACAAGCCAUUUUUUUACACAUUCAAAUUAAGUACUUGUAUCACUCAUUGAACAUUUCGAAAUACGAACAUGUCACUUUUCCAUAUUUGAACUUCAUUGCAACUCAAAUGAUUCUCGAAACAAAGCUUUUUGGAUUUUUAAGUUCAUUACCCACGAAAUUCUAUCAUUUGUGUUGAAUUUAGCAGAAUCUCAUUUGACUCGUUUCCUUCGACCCCGGUAGUCUUUGCCGACCCCGGCUCUUCUCUGUGUCUUCGUAGUUUCUUGUAAAGAAAAUUGAUGAAAUUUUAAUUGUUCCUGUAUGAACUAAAGUUACGAUAUUUUUAGAGCAACGUAAUAUAAAACAAGGCUUAGUAUCUGGGAGUUAUUAAAACAUAAUAAAUAAUAUUCAUAGACAAUUCCUAUAGUUGUCUUUGCAAUAAAUGCUAACUUUUGAACUGCGGCAAAAUUUGUUUUACAUUUACUGCAGUCAAUUUUGAAUCCUGUCAUUUUCUACCAUUUAAUACAAUCUCCGUAAGCGAGAGUUCCUACACUAUCACAAAAGGCGAUAGAAAAAUUUGCAUGCGUGAAAGAUUUGGCAGUGACAGGUGACCAACAUCAUGCCGCUAAUGACCCAAGUGAUUUUGUAGAAUUGUAGCGAUAGUUUUACUCCUGAAGGGUUCUGAUAGUUUUUACGUUUGUUUUCACUCAUUCUUCAAUGAGAUUGAUUUUCUCGAACAAAUAUUUACGAGAGAAACAUUAGUAUACAUAUUUCUCAUCAUGGGGUGUGUCAUAUGUGGAUCACAAUUAUUUGGCAGUUCUGGUACUGCAAGUCUCGUAAGCUGCUGAUUGUGAUGGUUCUGGUAGCUGGUGUUGGUGGACACGUCUGGUUGUGAGGGGUGGUUAGAGUUUAUCGUGUUUUAUAUGAAAUUGAAGAAGAAACGUGAUCAUAAAGUAAUCAUCACUGUUUGUAUGUUUCACAUAUGGAUAUUAUUAACAUGUUUAAGUCUCUUAAUGCAAACACAAGAAGCUUUCUAUGUGCCAGGAGUUGCUCCUGUGGAAUUUAGAAAAGGAGCCAGAAUUGACGUGAAAGCAGUAAAAAUGACAAGUACUCACACACAAUUGCCAUACGAGUACUACUCAUUGGAGUUCUGCGUACCAAAAAAUGGCACUUUUAUUUACAAAUCUGAAAAUUUAGGUGAAGUUUUGAGAGGAGACAGAAUAGUAAAUACACCUUAUGAAGUGCAAAUGGCAGAAAAUGUUAAAUGUCGUCUUUUGUGCCAUAAAGAAAAUCAACCUCUGAAUUGGAAAGAAGAGUCUUCUCAGAAAGCAAUUAAUCGAAUACAGCAUGAAUAUUUUGUUCACUUGCUUGUUGAUAAUUUACCUUGUGCAACAAAAGUUGUGAAUCCAGAAGGUGGUGUGCAAUAUGAGCAUGGAUAUCGAUUGGGUGGAAUAACUGCUGAUGGGGUUUACAUAAAUAACCAUUUAAAAUUAAUUCUUCAGUAUCAUAAGCAAACAAAUGAUAUGUACCGUGUUGUGGGAUUUGAAGUAGAAGCUCAAAGUGUUGAUCUCACACAACUGAAAUUUGAAGGGGAUACUUGUUCCUUUCCAUCACAUGCCAAGCCUCAAUAUAUAAACAUGCGUGCCGGAACUAAAUUGUAUUUUACUUAUUCUGUUGAGUGGCAAGAAUCAGAUGUCAGUUGGGCAUCCCGGUGGGACAUUUAUCUUGGAAUGAAUGAUGUUCAAAUCCAUUGGUUCUCCAUUAUCAAUUCUUUAGUGGUUGUGUUUUUUUUAUCAGGUAUUUUGACCAUGAUUAUGGUGCGUACUCUGCGUCGUGAUAUUGCUCGAUAUAAUGCAGAUGAAGGGCCUGAAGAAGCUAUAGAAGAAACAGGCUGGAAACUUGUCCAUGGAGAUGUGUUCAGGCCACCCCGAUAUCCAAGAUUGUUUGCUGCUGUUAUUGGCAGUGGCAUUCAAAUCUUCUUCAUGGCUUUAAUUACAAUAUUUUUUGCUAUGCUUGGAAUGUUGUCACCUGCAUCAAGAGGAGCUCUCAUGACUGCAGCCAUAUUCCUGUAUGUUUUCAUGGGAUUAAUUGCAGGGUACUUUUCUGCACGACUGUACAAGACAAUGAAGGGUAGACAGUGGAAGCGAGCUGCGUUUUUGGCAGCAACACUUUAUCCUGCCAUUGUUUUUGGACUGUGUUUUUUUUUGAAUUUUUUUAUUUGGGGCAAACACUCAAGUGGUGCAGUGCCAUUUUCCACCAUGAUGUCACUCCUCUGCUUGUGGUUUGGCAUAUCUUUGCCUUUAGUUUACUUGGGGUAUUAUUUUGGCUACCGGAAACAACCUUUUCAGCAUCCAGUGCGCACAAAUCAAAUUCCUCGUCAAGUUCCUGACCAGUUAUGGUAUAUGAAUCCUUUUCUCUGCACGUUGAUGGCUGGAGUUUUGCCAUUUGGAGCUGUUUUUAUAGAGUUAUUUUUUAUUUUUACUGCCAUUUGGGAGAACCAGUUCUAUUACCUCUUUGGAUUUUUGUUUCUGGUCUUCAUCAUUCUUGUGGUGUCCUGCUCUCAAAUCUCAAUUGUGAUGGUGUAUUUCCAGUUGUGUGGAGAGGACUACCAUUGGUGGUGGAGAAGUUUUAUUGUGUCAGGUGGUUCAGCUGUGUAUGUUUUUGCUUACUCAGUUUUCUAUUUUGCCACCAAAUUGGAAAUAACUGAAUUUAUUCCCACACUAUUGUACUUUGGCUACACUGGUAUCAUGGUGCUAACUUUCUGGCUUCUUACUGGAACAAUUGGAUUUUUUGCUGCAUAUGCUUUCAUUCGUAAGAUUUAUGCAGCUGUGAAAAUUGAUUGAAAUACCUGUUUCUUCUAUGUGACAUUAAAAACAUGGGGACCACUCAGAAUUGGAUACCAAUUUGUUGUUUUUUUUUUAUUUGCAACGACAAUUAAACUGUAGUACGAGGAAUACAAGUAAAUGACACACUGUUUCUUUUUUAAAUUUAUUUAAUUUUUAUUUUUUUAACUUUCUUCCUGUGAUUUUCAAAUUUGCCUUCAUUGAUCUCCAGUGCUUAUUGCCAUUGGAGAAGGUCCCAUGUUUAAAAAACCUUUCUUGUGCCUGAGGCAACAUGGAAUUUCCAGAAGAGUCAAGAAUUGUGACAGAUGUUUCAGGGAACUGUGAUGUAUCUCACAAAUGUCACACAGCAUAUCUAAAACUCAGUAUUAUUGGUCAGUGAACAUUUUGGGAUUAUGAAUCUAAGACAAUGUUGUGAGAUAGAUGAUAUAUUUAUUUUUAAAUCUUCAGUGCAUGCAUUGUUGUUUGCUUGUAAUGUGAAUCAGAUACAUACAGAAUGUGCUGCCAGAGUGUACAAGAAGAGUACUUUUGCUUCGUAAGUGGUCAUUCAUAAUAUUGGUGCAUUCCCUUUCAAAUUGAACUUUUUUUAAAAAAUUUGUUAUUAGAAGUUGUCACAAUUUGGUUGCUCAGUUGUGUGUGUAAAGUGAUUUAUUGAAUUUAUAAAUAGUUUUAUUUCCAGGAUAUUGAGGUUAAUGUGUGAAUUGUUGAAUUAUUUAUGUAGGAACAAGACUUGUCCAAAUUUUUUAACAAAUAAUGUGUGCAGUGAAUUGUCUUUGAAGAUCCUUUAUCUUUUAUAUCAAAGACCUUGUUAGUCAGAUCCAUUUGUAGUAUAAGAAGCUAGGAUCAUUCUGAAUGGAAUUGAAACUUGCAUUGUGUAAAUGUAGCUAAGAAUAAUGAUUCUAAUGUGUGUUUGAAAAUUUCUUGAUUUCUCUAAAGUACUUACUAUGGGGUUUUGGAUCCUUUCAUGGUUAUUUAUUCCGCAACAACUGGAAACACAAAAUAUUGUUUUCAUUUAACUUUUAUUAUGACAUUUGUUGCUUUAAGUUAAAAUCCGAAUUACCAACUUUAAGUGUGAACAUCCAUCAUUUCCUAAUGGAGACACUCAAGAUCAAGUCUUUCAAUUCAUUCACAGUAGAAUGCAUUGUGUUUGAUGUACAUAUGUAUAUAAGUAGUUACACCAGUGAUUGCAAAUUUUGUGUGUAUGUUGUAUAGUUAAGAUUACCCUUUGUUGACAAAACUUAGAAGAUGAAGUGCUUGGUAGCUAAUUGUAUAGAAUGCUUCAGUUGUUUGGUUUGAUCGUAUUGAUUCUUUGAAAGUACUAUUUUAUAAUGUAAAUGAUUUACUUGUAAUGCAUUCACAUAGAGGAAGUAAUUAUGCUCCAUCCAUGACAUUGUUUUAAAGCAAGGAAUUGGUGAGCAAUUGCUGCAGUUACUUCAAGAAAUACUGAAGCUUUUGGAUUGUAAACCUUUGCUUUCUCUAAGAUGAGGUAUGAUAGUGGAUUGCAAUUUGAGAUGAAAAUGUUAUUAUAGUUGCUGUAUAUUCAUGUAUGAUUUACAUUGUAAUAUAUAUAUGUUCUGUAUAUUUAUUUUGUCUUUCUUUACAUCAUUUUCUUUUUUAAAAGAAAUUUUUGUGAACAAGAAGAUGCUUAAAACUCUUGAAAUGAGCGAACAUCAAGAAAAUAUAUUAUAAUUUUAUUAAAAUGCCAUUGUGCACAAAG